CAGAGAUAGGUAGACAAGUAGUAGCAAAGUACAAUCUGCAAGCCACAUCUUCUGGUUGUGUUCAGUGUUCACUCACCCUUCUAGUCACGGUGCUCUCCUCCUCCAAUGUAUGUAUCUACCUGUCUAGCUAGCUGAAGAUUUUCUCUGAUGACUAUAGAGAGCUCCUGGCCAGGACAGUGAUGAGUGCACAGAGUCAUGCUUGUCAGAUUAGGUGUCGUGGUUGUCGCCUCCGUUGCAGCUUUAACUCUUAAGAGAGGCAACAGUGGAAGCAAAGACAAUGGCCAAGCAAGGAAGAGGAAGGAUAAAACUCGCCACUCUGAACAUGAGGAGAAGGAAGAAGAGGAGGAGGAGGUGAAGACGAUCAACGCGAUAACCAAUUCAGCUCCUUCAGACGACGACGACGACGACGAUGACGAGAUGCUGUCCGAGAUCGAGAGCCUGCUGUCCGGCCGCGAGAUCGACGUCCCUCUCCCCGGCGACAGGUUCGAGCGCUCCCGGCACAGCAACCGCGACAGCGUCAGCUCCGAGCUGGAGCGGCUGCGCAGCCUGGCGCGGGAGCUGGAGGAGAGGGAGAUGAAGCUGGAGGGGGAGCUGCUCGAGUACUAUGGCCUCAGGGAGCAGGAGACGGACGCCGCCGAGCUGCGCAAGCAGCUCCGGGCCAAGGCCAUGGAGGCCGACGCGCUCGCCGCCACCGUCGCCUCGCUGCACGCCGAGCGGAGGAAGCUGCAGGACGACGCCGCGAGGGGCGCCGCGGCGAGGAAGGAGGCGGAGGCGGCGAGGGGCAAGAUCCGGGAGCUGCAGCGGCAGAUACAGGCGGAGGCGAGCCAGACGAAGGCGCAGCUGAUGCUGUUGAAGCAGCAGGUGACCGGGCUGAAGGCCAGGGAGGAGGAGGCCGCCAUGAAGGAGGCGGAGGUGCAGCGGAAGCUGAGGAGGCUGAGGGAGGUGGAGGUGGAGCUGCUGGAGCUGAGGAGGAAGAACAAGGAGCUCCUGUACGAGAAGAGGGACCUCGUCGUCAAGCUGGAUGCUGCGCAAGGGAAGAUCACUGAGAGCGAUGUAGUCGCCGAUGCAAGAGAGGAGAUCAACAAACUAAGGCAUGCAAACGAAGACCUGACAAAGCAAGUGGAAGGCCUGCAGCUGAACAGAUUCAGUGAAGUAGAAGAGCUGGUGUACCUCCGAUGGGUUAACGCCUGCUUAAGAUACGAGCUCCGUGACUACCAGACGCCAUCGGAGAAGAUCUCUGCUCGUGACCUCAACAGGACCCUCAGCCCAAAGUCACAGCAGAGAGCCAAACUGCUGAUGCUGGAGUAUGCAGGAUCAGAGCGAGGCCAAGGUGACACUGACCUCGAAAGCGCUUCUUCUGCGCCUUCUUCUCCGAGAAGCGAAGAUUUCGACAAUGUUUCGGUCGACAGCUCUUCUAGCAGAUACAGCUUCCUGGGCAAAAGGCCCAACCUGAUGCAGAAGCUGAAGAAAUGGGGGAGAAGCAAGGAUGAGCACAGUGGUAGCUUGGGGUCACCAACAGCACAGUCCGUCACCGGUGGCUCUCCAAGAAGGCUCAGCUCCAGCCAGAAGCCAAAAGGGCCCCUAGAAGCUCUCAUGCUCAGGAAUGCAGGAGAUGGCAUGGGCAUUACAACAUUCGGAAAGAGGGAUGAGCAUGAUCUUCCCAGUGAUGCCACCGAUGAUGCGAACGUUGCGUCCUCGUUCCAGCUCAUGUCCAAGACAGUCGAAGGCUUUGCUGAUGACAAGUAUCCUGCCUACAAAGACAGGCACAGACUCGCGACGGAGCGGGAGAAGGCGAUAAAGGAUAAGGCAGAGAAAGCCAGAGUGCAGAGAUAUGGUGGCGGUGUCACUAGUUCAGGCACUUUCUUGUCCCCCAGAGCUGCACUCCCUACAAAACUUGCUCAGAUUAAGGAGAAAACUCCUGCUGCCAAUGCUGAAUCCGUUCACCAAUCCAGUGAUGAUCACAACAACCCUCUAGCGGUGACGCAGCUGAAGCUCGCAAAUAUUGAGAAGAGAGCUCCAAGAGUCCCUCGGCCACCUCCUGCGUCGUCCGCCACCACUGCAAGUGGAGCACCUCCACCGCCGCCGCCACGGCCACCAGGUGCACCUCCUCCGCCGCCUCCGCCACCUGGAAAACUUGUCGGCGCACCGCCACCGCCGCCACCACCGCUGCCUGGUUCCCUACCUAGGAACGUUGCUGGUGAUGGUGACAAGGUGCACCGUGCACCAGAGGUUGUAGAGUUUUAUCAGAGCCUGAUGAAGCGUGAAGCAAAGAAGGACACAACUUCUCUGGGAUCAAUGACAUCGAGUGUUUCUGAUGUGAGAAGCAACAUGAUCGGAGAGAUUGAGAACCGAUCAGCAUUCCUCUUAGCUGUCAAAGCUGAUGUGGAGACCCAAGGAGACUUUGUGGAGUCUCUAGCAAAUGAAGUCCGAGCAGCAAAUUUUGCAAAUAUCGAUGACGUUGUUGCAUUCGUAAAUUGGCUUGACGAGGAACUUUCAUUCUUGGUUGAUGAGCGAGCAGUACUGAAGCACUUCGAUUGGCCAGAGAGCAAAACUGAUGCAGUAAGGGAAGCAGCCUUUGAGUACCAAGACCUGUUAAAACUAGAAAACAAGGUUUCAUCUUUUAACAAUGAUCCAAAACUUCCAUGUGAAGAAGCUCUAAAGAAGAUGUAUUCCUUGCUUGAAAAAGUGGAGCAGAGUGUUUAUGCACUACUUCGGACUAGAGACAUGGCCAUAUCUCGCUAUAGGGAGUAUGGAAUACCAGUGGACUGGCUGUCUGAUUCUGGAGUAGUUGGCAAGAUCAAAUUGGCAUCUGUUCAGUUGGCCAAAAAGUACAUGAAGAGGGUUGCCACAGAGCUUGAUGCAUUGCAGGGCCCUGACAAAGACCCCAACAGAGAGUUCUUGCUUCUCCAGGGUGUCAGAUUUGCAUUCAGAGUCCAUCAGUUUGCCGGAGGCUUCGAUGCCGAGAGCAUGAAGGCUUUCGAAGAGCUAAGGAGCAAGAUGAGCACACAAACUUCGGCUCCGCAAAUAUCUGAUGCAUAGCUUCAAACAUGCAUUCAACAUUUUGAUUGGUUUCGUUGUUCGAAAUGAAUGAUUAGUUGAAUAGAUACAUUGUAGCAAUACGGAAUUGUAAAUCCCAAUCUUCUCCAUAUCAGAAUAUAUACGGCAACAUAUGACUAAUAGUGUACAGGUUAAAGGUUAAUACAUGUAUACUGAGAAAGGAAAAGUGAGUACAUGCACACCAAAUUAUAUUGCAAGUGUGUAUUAUGAGGCACUACUGUACAAAUGAUUUAUACAUACCCUAGGCAUACUAUUCCAA